CAAAGUAAAACAGUGAAAAAGGUUAAAAAGGGUUAAAAAAUCUUAAGUCUUUCGAGUCUUAAACUCAAAUGGUAGUACUUUCCCUGACUACUUUUGGUCGGAUGUUUCAGGCGUUUCAGAAGUCAGAGCAACAAGCCAACACAACCUUUCCUCAUCGUGUCUUCCUGGUACUAUCAGAGACAGGGAAAACCCGUGCGCAUUUCUCACCAGGCACAGCUAAAUCCUGUCCCGGGCUUCAUCCUCUUAUCGUUAAAGCAAAAAUUCAAGGAAGAAAUAAGGAAAAGAGAAGAGAUAGGAAGAGGGGGAGAGAAAGAGAGUCAUGGGAGAACUCUUCAUAUGGCUUAUUUCUUUUUUCAUCCUCAUUGCCCUUCUCGUUCUCCUUGUUUACCAGCUCAUGUGCUUGGCUGAUUUAGAGUUUGAUUACAUCAAUCCUUACGACUCUUCAUCACGGAUAAACAAUGUGGUCUUGCCGGAAUUUUUCCUGCAAGGAUUUUUAUGUUUAUUCUAUCUAUUAACGGGGCAUUGGGUCAUGUCACUGUUAUGUGCUCCAUAUUUAUACUACAAUGGUAGACUUUACACACGAAAACAGCACCUGAUGGAUGUCACAGAGAUAUUUAACUUACUUCACUGGGAGAAGAAGCAGCGCCUUUUUAAACUUGCCUACCUUGUUGUUCUCCUCUUUUUCUCCAUAUUCUGGAUUAUCUGGUCUACGUUAGAAGAUGUAGAUGAUGAUUAAAAGCAGAUGGCAGCUUUCUUAACUUGAAGUAUUUGCUGCUCUAAGCUGCUGCCAAGCAUCAUCCAGAGUUCUUUUUUUCUAUCUUAUUUCAGCUUCUGUCGUAACUGAUACAGCAUAAAUUCCAAGGUUGUAUGAUUGUGAGAAUUUCAGUUGAUUUUAGUUGAAUAUAUAUUUUCCAGGCAUCUGGUGUUUGUUUUUUAGGCAUUGAGUUUACCUCGUGCUUGGAUUUGCUCAAACUAUGAGCUUUUUUUUAUUCCUAAUCUAACAAGGAAAAA